CAUCCUUCCUCCUCGCUUUCUUCCUAAUCCUCACCCAAACACAGCGGGAUGACGGAGGCAUCGUGAGGAUGGCGUCUCUCCUCUCUGCGGUUUGCUGUAGCACGUCGUUGCGGGUGAUGUUAGCCGCUGUGCUAACGUAACAUCACGCUUUCCUCCACCAGCGGCGGCGGCGGCAGCAGCGAGGACGAGCAGACAUCACCGGGAACGAGGAGAACUGGACUGAGCCUUUUAGCUUCUCUGAUUUAUUUUAUUUUGUUUACUCCAUCGUUGCAACAUUUUACGCCUUUGACACUUUAUUGCCGCCCCCACCACCCCCCGCUCCACCUCCUCCACCUGAACGCAACCAGCUCCAGGAAAACACCAGAGUCCGCCUGACAACAUCGAGGUGCCUGAGACUUCCUGGUUUAAGGCGAUGAGCGAAGAGGCUGAUCUCAGGCCACAAGAAGGCGACUUCCUGACUGAACUGUCUGCAGGCCCACACAUAACAAACUGAUGAAUGUUUCUCAGCACCAGUCAGACAUGUGCCAUCACUGGAAUCACCUAAUUCUUGGAAGUUUUGGAACUAGCUAAUUCUUGGACUAUCUCUUAACACUGGGCUACCACAUGGCUGCGGCAUCAACACGACACUGGGAAAGUUUCCAGCGCAACAUAUGAUCACAUGUCCUUGUCUGCAUUUGGGGCCUUAUGUCUUAGAUCACUCUGCCAUGUUGGUAAUAAAAUAAUAAUAGUUCUGGGACCAACAGAGCUGAUGAAAACAUUUCAGUACGUGUCAUGCAUGGAACCUGGGUACACAUAGAACAAGCUGAUUUCUCAGACUCUAUCUUCCCGAUUGAGCCCAUGAUUCCUGCAGAAGUUGGGUAUCAACCAACCCCAUGUGUCUAACAGAGAUCUAACAGCAGCUCAUAUUGCCCCCACAGUCGUGGCUAUGAAUGCAUAACCCCGCCACGCCUGCAUUGUCGUGGCUGGCCGUCGCAGGACGGUCGGCUUCCUCGGCCAUGCCCCGGCUGAUGUUGGGCCGGACUCUGGAGCGCAUCUGUAAAGGCGUCCUGCUGCUCUGCCUGCUCCACUUCCUCAUCAUGAUGAUCCUGUACUUCGACGUCUACACGCAGCGCUUCGACAUCUUCAGCCGCUUCAACAAUGGACGCAACGGAUCCAGGAAUAACAUCAGCGGAGCAGCAGGGAGUGGACAUCAUUAUUACUAUUUCAACCUCUCCAGGCCAAAUGCAACGUUGGCCAGCUACCUGGCCACGGGCGAGCAGCUGAUGCCGAGCGCUCAGCCGGAGACCAAUCAGACGCCUUCGCCCAAGCCGCUGCCGCCGUGCCCCGAGAACCCACCCGGCCUCGUGGGCCGCUUGUUGAUCGAGUUCAGCUCCCAGAUGACGAUGGAGCGAGUGCAGAAAGAGAACCCCAACGUGACGGAGGGAGGCCGCUACACCCCUCCCGACUGUCGGCCUAGAUGGAAGGUGGCCAUCAUCAUCCCGUUCCGUCACAGAGAAAACCACCUGAAGUACUGGCUCCACUACCUCCACCCCAUCCUCCGACGGCAGAAGAUCGACUACGGCAUCUACAUCAUCAACCAGUUGGGUGAGGAAACCUUCAACCGUGCCAAACUGUUGAACGUGGGCUACACGGAGACCCUGAAGGAGGCCGAGUACGACUGCUUCAUCUUCAGCGACGUGGACCUGAUCCCGAUGGACGACCGCAACCUCUACCACUGCUACGACCAGCCGAGGCACUUUGCCAUCGCCAUGGACAAGUUUGGCUUCAGGCUGCCAUACGCAGGCUACUUUGGAGGAGUUUCGGGCCUCAGCAAAAAACAGUUCCUGAAGAUCAACGGCUUCCCCAACGAGUACUGGGGCUGGGGAGGGGAGGACGACGACAUUUACAACAGGAUCACUCUGAACGGGAUGAAGGUGUCCAGGCCAGACGUUCGCAUCGGCCGCUACAGAAUGAUUAAACACGAGAGAGACAAACACAACGAGCCCAACCCACAGAGAUUCAAUAAAAUCCAGAACACAAAGAACACGAUGAAGAAGGAUGGCAUCAGCUCGCUGACCUACAGAGUGGUCCGGGUCAAGAAGUUUGCCCUCUACACAAACAUCUCCGUGGAGAUCGGCAAGGCACCGCCUCGGCCUAUCAAGGGCUAGAGAGAGAGAGAGAGAGAGAGAGACGAUGGGACGAGAGGGAGAUGAGGGGGUGAUGCAAUUUAACUGGGUGGAAAAAUGGAAAGAGGAGAGAUUAAAUGAAGGGAUGUGAAGAGAACACACACUGUAUGUGGAGAGAACCUGGGGAGUCGGAGGGAAGCGUUGUCAGGAGCACAUCACAGUCUCUUGAUCUCUCCUCACCCUCUGUCUGUUUUUUGAGAUUUCAGCUUCUCGUGUCUGUUUCCAGGACUCAGGCUCUCCCCGAUGUGUUUUUUUUUUUUGUUUUUUUCAAGCGGCCAGUGGCUUCACACCUCCUACAUUAACCAAUCAGUGACUUCAUGAUAGUGGACCAAAGUAUCGGUGGCAGACUGGAGGUUGGCAUCAAACUCAAUGUCUUUCUGUUCACAACCUUUGCAAACUGGAGGGCAUCCAAUGGCAUAUCUACAGAGGCCGCUGACAGCAGAUGUGGUUGGUUGAUUAAAAGAUGGGACACUAGUAUCGUGGAACGCUUUGGAAAGUGUUUCAUGUCAUGUUCUGGAAAUGAUGGACAGCUUCCAGAGGGACUUCUUGGAAUAUAUUGAUUGAGGUGAUAUAAACCAAUGAUUGAAAAACAGGCCGUCAACAUAGAAACUCAAUCGGACCGAGAAAUGGAAGGACACAAAAUGUCCUGCCUGCUGGAUGGGACAUUUUAGGAAAAAUAAACCUGGCUAAGAGUUCACUUCCUCAGCAUUAACAGUGAGAGAGGAGCGAGGAGCGCCCCCUGGAGGAAGUUGUAAAGUAAACAUGACGUGCAGUGUUGGACAAUGGAACUGCAUCGUGACGGUUUGCAUAUCAGAGGUAGCGGCUGGCGCUCAAUGGACACGUGACAAUUUCAUAUUGACAUUUUUCAUCAGGGAGUGUCCUGUUUGGAACUAAUAACUCACUCGAACCCUCCAAUAUCAAUUAUUGAAUGUGUAUUGUGCCUGCAUCUACAGCAGAAGACUCAGAACUGGAGCUGAUACAACGUGUUUGUCUUCGGCAACAGACACCGGAGAACUCUCUUUAUGUUCUCAAUGUUUUUUUUUUUAUAUAUGAGCUCAAACUUUGGAAACCGACUCUGACUUAUUGGAGGUUUUGAAACGAAAGUGAAAACAUUGACGAUGUGGAAAUUUUUCUCUUGGGUCUGAAGGCAACAUGGUGAAACUACCCCGGGAAGGCAUUGUGAAAUAAAAUGGAGGAACAGGGCAGAAAUAUAUAUAUAUAUAUACUGACAGCUUAGAUAAGAUAUUAACCCCUGUAGCCCAUACUGGAGAUCUUUUCAGAUUUAGUUUGGUAAUUUCUGCAUUAAAAGAUAAAGUUUUCUUUCUCUUUAAGAAGGAAUUCAUUCGAGGAACAUCAAUAGUCAAUAACACGGUGGUUAUUUUUCUAUGAGGCUCAAAUGCUUUAGUUCACAGAAUAAAGUCGAUCUGCUGUGAUCCAGGUUUAUUAAUACAAAGGAUCUGACAAACUCUGCUUUCUAAUUAAUCAGCUAAUGAAAAGUCAAUGGACAAACAUCGACAGGGACAUGGGACCAUGUUUCUAGGUUAAACUACUUAGCUGUUUGUUCAUUAGCCACCAAAAGACAGCAGCUUAUGUUAGCAUUCAACCACUUCCUGGCUAGCAUCACUUUCAUGAACUGGGAUCAAGCUCUAAAUGCUGAAUCCUCCAUCCAGAAGAAAGAUCCAGAACGCAACGAACUUCUGAACAUCACAUAGGAAUAUGUUCCAGUGAAAAAACUGACUUCACCAGAAUAUUUCUGAGGUCGAGGGAAUGGCUGACUGCUAAUGUGAGCUGUUGUCUGAUGAUCCUGUAUCCCUCCAGUUUGAAAAUCUGUCAGAUUCCUUGUGUUUAUAUGUUUUAUAACCUGGAUCACAGAAAUACAGCAUGAUUCUGUUGACAAACACUUCCCACCCUGAGCAUGACGUCACAGGUAAAAUCCGCUGUGUGGAUUUGGUCUAUAUUUGUCUAAGUACAGACUUAAUUUGGUCAUGCUGUACGUUUAUUUGUUUUCAUCUUUCCUAAACAUACUUGGGUUUUAAUAUCAGAAAUGAGCUGUCAGGAUAUAUUCAUGACUCAUGACUCAUGUUCGACAGGAAACAUCAUGGUGACUGUUGUAGCUUUCACUCUGGCUCCACAGACUAGAGAUUAACUGAGAUAUAAUCGACUUUUGUUUUUUUUUAUUUUAUUUUAGCCUGUGAUGUAACCUGAAAGUCAGAAUUUCUUUUAAUUAUUGCAAAUCAUUCGAACUCUAUUGCUACUAUUACUAUGCCAUUUUCUCUCUCUCUAUUUUUUCUUUUUAUCGUUAAGAAAAAAAGAGAAUCAUAUCCGGACAGAGGAAAUUAUAAGGUCCUAGUCUUCCGCUGUUGGAAAUUGUGAAUUUUAAAGCAGUCCUUUUUAUCGAUUUAGCCGUUUGACUGACGUCUCAGCUUCUACUUCAGAUUUUAUCGGCGUCACUUCUUUAUUUGAAUCCAUUUCAUCAUGCUGUCAGAUCCCAGACGUGAUGAGCUACAUGAAUCAAACUUACACUUUUUCUACUGAAGCGGUUAUAUUUUAAUUCCAACAGAUGAACAAACGAAACUGGAUUUCCUCCAUCAUCAUAUCGAAAGCCUUUGACGGUUUUAUACUUUGACGCGAUGCUCCCAUCCUUUUUGUUGUUUGUUUGUUUCUCCUCAUCUCUACUGUUGACGCCUGAACACCAAACUGAUGCCUUCGGAAAUGACACAGAGAAGCAUUGAAGGUCAUUAUUUUAGAGGUAAUACUUUAUCACUAAAGUAAAAUGUGUAUAAAUGUGCGUUGUAAGACGGAUGAAACUGAUUUGAACACAUAUUUGUUGCAGCUUAAUCCCUGUGAAAAGUAGAUUGGAUCUCUCUUCAGCAUUCACACAUGGAUCCACGCCCUCUUCUCCUCUUUCUUCUCUGCAUCGUCUCUACUCUUUCUUUGCGUUCUCUUUCUUCCUCUGCCAGUCCAGGCUCUGUGUGUCAAUGCACAGUGUUGUGCUUUGUGGCGAGUCCACUGCAGACUCUGCUGCGUCUCACAGGAGCUCUUCUUCCUCUUUCAGUAGAUAUCGACAGGGCUCCUCUUUGUGUCUCUGAGUCAGAGCCACUUACUGUAUCUUCAUUUGAUCUAGACUCUCUCUCUAUGUACUUAUUCCCUUCUGUCUCUCCCCCUUUCAUCAUCGUCCUUUCUUCCACUUUCUUCCCUCGUAAUUCACCCUCACUCUUUUCUGUCUUUUCAUCCUUUGUUGGUCAGAGUGCAGUUUGCUCUCCUGGUGAGUUCCAGUGUCCUUGGUAGACAGACAACACAUGGAGAGGUCAAUGAAGUCCUUCCUCUCUGCUGUUUACAGUUCACCCUGUGCAAUAUUCUUGUUUUUAUCAUAUCCUGCUUUAAAUCACUGUUUUUUAUGAGGUUUGGUUUUUUAUGUCCAAAAAAUUCUUCACGUUUUUACCUCUUAUUCACCUUUUAAUUUGAAAACCGUAUUAUCAGCACACAACAGACAGUCACAGCUAUUCCUUUGAUUGGAUUUUAAAGCAUUAAUGUGGCAGCAAUUCAAGUUCUGAGAGUUUGAUGACUUGACAAGUAAAAACAAGAAAAAAGUCAAAUCAUAUUACUUAUACUCCAGCUUGGACUGACGUGAAACUCGCUGGAGUAUAAGAAAAUAUUUGCUUCUUCAAUUUUCAGAUUAAAAGCCAGUUUGGCUAAUCAGAAUCAGUGGAAGCGUAAUGAAGUGCUCCACAGAUCAAUGACACCUUUGAAAACAGACAGGUUCUAAAACGUUCAAACUAAAGACAUUCUGUUGAUAUUUGUGCUAUGAUAAUAACAACAAGAAAAUGUUUGUGAAGAAGAAACAUCCAUCGUUUGCCUUAAAACUUAGUUAUGUUCAGUGCUGAUAGUUAAAACUACAAAUUACACUAUUCUGAAAUCAGAUUUUUAACACCGGUGGUUUUGAUUCACUCGCUUUUGCCUUUUUAGGUCAGUUGCGCGUGAUUGAACCAACAAUUGUGUAAAUCAUGUUGAAGUUUCUCUACUGGUGGCCAUAACAUACACCUUAGGUUUCUAAAAUAGAAAUAUGUUUGAUGCUUCCCACCUCACAAUCACCCAAAUACCCACUUCUUUCAAUCCUUCCACCUGCUCACACAGACUGAGUUGUAUAAAAUGGGUGAAGUGUCCCGAGCUUCAUCGAGGCUCCUGUGAUAAAUUACUGGAAAAACAUUUAUGAGGUCAGUUAAACAAAGAGAGUACGAGCUGAGAAAGGGAAGGAGGUAGCAAGACAGACGUGGCCACAGGGUGUAUAAACAGUGACAUGGAUAUUUAGAUGUAAGCAACAGCGAAACCUGAGCAAAAAUCCUGUUUGAAACGUUUCCUGUUACUCGAGAACAAGGGGGAACCACGAGGGGCGCUUGAUGCUUCCUGAUGGACGUUAGAUUUUUAAAGCCGUUCCACUCGUCGAGCACGCCUCGGGUGUUCAAGCCCUCGAAAAGCUUCUUCAAACACUUCUUCUUUUCUGCCGCAGAGAGCAGACGGAACUUUCAGGCCUUUGGGGCGUUUUUAAAAAUGUACCGUGUCUCCAGCUAUGGGUCUUUUUUGUACAUUGAAUGUUGAAAAUGUUAUAUCUUAUAUAGAAUGCAUUAUGUCAUAACAAACCUACUUUUUCUAUACAAUCAAUAAAUCUGAUGUUAAAGAUUG